GAUCCAAGUGGAAGAAAGGCAAUAGUUACCUUAUCCGGAGGAGAGUGCAUUUGUACGCGUGCCUGUGUCUUUCUGCAGUGGCAGAAUUUUGCUAGUGUCCUCCAUGCAGGAUGACGCAUCCCAACAUGAUCUCUUUUCACGUGCAUUGGUCUUUCAACCAAGAUGGCGCACCUCAAGUAAAUUAGUGCAGGAGCACGUCGUCCCAGAUGGCGCACCAUAACACAUCUAUUUUCACGUGCAUGGCCCCUCAAACAGCGGGCCUCUUCUAACUUUCCAGAAGCUAGUUCAGGUCCUCCAUCUCAAACGGCGGACGUCUUCUGCAUGGCUUACACAUUCACUUUUGCUCAUUCUUUGUAUAUAAUUGAACCCUUAAUUCUCAAAAUUAAUCAGACACACAUAAUGGGUCAAAACAAUAUCAAAGUUCAAGUCCAUUAUAAUGGAAGUCUUUUUCUAGAUGUCAAUGUCAGGGUCAUAUUUCAAAACACAAACAUACAUCAACUAAAAAUACACCCCAGAUCCAAUUACACACGUUUAAAAGAAAGACUCGAAAACAAGCUUCAACAACAAAUAUCUGAUAUUUAUUAUCGAUAUCCAUGUUUUAAUGACGGAGAUAACAGUGUGACUUAUACAACAACAAAAAUAGAAGACGACAAUGGCAUCGAAUUAAUGCUCCAGUGCCACUCGACUUAUAAUUUGUCAAGUGUGAUUGGAUUAUACGUGUGUUUAGUAGACCACAAUGAGGGUCCUCAAGUAACGUAUCCGACGCAAACUUCUCAAUCUCAUCAAUAUCAAAUGAUUCAGGAGACUAUAUUAUCGUUGACACCAGUUCCAAAUGAGGAUGUCGGGGAUGAUAAUGACUAUGAAGAAGCGCGGUAUGUAAAUACGCAAAAUCUUUUCAGUGGAGAAAGUGACAACUCUGACAACGAUAUCUCCGUGGUGCAUCAACAUGAAGUGCUGGACUUGUACAAUCCACCACUACACAUGAGAAAUCCCACAUACUCACAUGACGAAGAUGCAUCAAUAUUUGAAACCACAAAGCCACUUCAGAUAGAGGAGGGGGGGGGGGGGGGGGUUGCCUGGAAUAGAAUUUAA